GGAGCGAGUGUGUGAGAGCGCGUGCUCCUCGCUGAAUGGUAGCGUCCGCGCUCCGUCACGGUUUAGCCGCGCUCGCGCACAGCUGCCCGUCUCAGAGGCUGCGCGCUGCGGACGCGGGAACUGCACCGCCGCUUCGCCGCUUCCUUCACCACGGUCACACUGCUCCGCUGCUCCGCUGCUUUUCUCCGGGAGGAGGGCUGCUUCUCUGCCGAGCCCCGCCAGCCCGAGUCCUCGAGGGGAAGCCCCGCACGGACGCGUCCCGCCGGUGCGGCUGGCUGUGAGUUGUCGGUGGCUCGCGCUGACUGCUCGCGCGCCCGAGAGAGAGAACAAACAAACGAACGAACGAAUUUCCUGCGGUAAAUUACAGCUAGAGAAGUAUCCAUCGAUAACUGCGCGGAGGGAGGCGUUACUGGAGAGAAAGAGAGAGAGAGAGAGAGAGAGAGAAAAGUUUCCUGAGGGAAAUGAAGGCUGUGUGAAGAAAACAACACUGGCCGGUACAGGUGAGGGACCAGACAGUUAGCUAAGACCUUCGCCUGUGUGAGCGGUCAGCCCGGCCGACUGCAGCAGCCAUGGACCUGAAGGAGCGCAGACACCGCACUCUGACCCACGGUCACUGUGAGAAAGAGCUGCAGUUCACCACUUCUUCUCUGGAUAAUGAGGAAUGCCGCGUGCCCACCCAGAAAUCCUACAGCUCCAGCGAGACGCUCAAGGCCUUCGACCACGAGGGCCGUCUGCCCUACGGAGGCUGCGUGACUGACUUAGUGCACCAUGAAGCAGACGAAUACUCCAGACAAGGAGGAGCCUAUGUGAAGCUCUCUCCGGUGUUCCUGCAGUACUUCUUGUCAGGGAACUUCACUCUGGCGGAGUUGGGAAUCUGUGAGCCUGCCCCCCAUCAAAACGCCUACUGCCCAGACCUGGGGCUACUGCACGGCUACUCUCUGAGUGCCGGCUCCGACGCAGACUCGGACCCAGAGGGCCCCAUCUCUCCAGAGAGAGCCAUGCAGCUGUGGAGCGCCCGCGACAUCAAAUCCCGCCGCAGCUCGGGCCUGUCCAGCCGUGAAAACUCCGCCCUCACACUCACCGACUCCGAGAACGAGAACAAGUCUGAUGACGAAUCAGCAUACCUCGACGAUGAUGAGGAGGAUGACCCUUUUGGGGAUAUUCCAUUCAGAAUCCGGGCACUCUUUCCUGGCCUUCGAAAAGGUCGCCCCCUUCCUCCCUCCACCGCCUCGUCCAGCCUCCUGCCCCCAGCCCCCUCUCCUCCCUCCGCCCCCCUCCAUCCAGUCCCGCCCACCAUCAGGGAGUGCCAGGUCCCCCUGCUGGACAGCAGCACCUCCCACACCAUGCUGGAGCCCCACCCAGAGGACCAAAUCUCCCCUAACUCAUACCUGCUCCGGGCCCAGACCACCACUGGAGUUUCAAACCACCACAGCCAAUCGACCCUGCGGCCGCCUCUGCCUCCACCCCACAAUGCCCAGACGCUGUCGCAUCAUCAGUCCUCGGCCAACUCCCUAAACCGCAAUACUCUGAGUGGCCGCCGCAACCCCAUCCAUGCCCCACCGGUGGUCCCGGGAGACGGCCCCACCACGCCUGAGUCAGUGCAGCUGCAGGACAGCUGGGUGCUCAACAGCAACGUGCCACUGGAGACCAGGCACUUCCUGUUUAAGACGUCGUCAGGGACGACACCCCUCUUCAGCAGCUCAUCGCCAGGUUACCCUUUGACUUCGGGCACGGUGUACUCCCCUCCACCUCGACUCUUGCCCAGAAACACCUUCUCCAGAAGCGCCUUCAAGCUGAAGAAGCCCUCGAAAUACUGCAGCUGGAAAUGCGCAGCCGUGACAGCCAUCGCUGCCGCCGCCCUGCUGGCCAUUCUGCUGUCAUACUUCAUUGCAAUGAAUCUGUUGGGGCUGAACUGGCAGCUGAAGCCUGUGGACGGUCCCAUGCUCAACCAUGGCCUGGGUACAGGCCUGCCUGGCAAUGGUGAAGAGGCGGCAGUGCCCCCUGGAGGCAGAGGGCCAUGGGUGUUUCGGAACAGCAGCAUAGACACAGGCGAUUUGGAGGUGGGCCGGCGUGUAACCCAGGAGGUCCCACCAGGGGUAUUCUGGAGGUCCUUACUCCAUCUUAGCCAGCCUCAGUUUCUCAAGUUCAACAUAUCGCUGGGCAAAGAUGCACUUUUUGGCGUCUAUAUUCGUAAAGGCCUGCCCCCAUCCCAUGCACAGUAUGACUAUAUGGAGCGCUUGGACGGCAAGGAAAAGUGGAGUGUGGUGGAAUCUCCGCGAGAGAGACGCAGUAUACAGACGGUGGUUCUGAACGAAGCCGUGUUCGUGCAGUAUCUGGACCCUGGGACGUGGCAUCUGGCCUUUUACAACGACGGCAAGGAGAAAGAGUCUGUGUCCUUCAGCACAGCAGUACUGGACUCGGUGCAAGAGUGCCCGCGGAAUUGCCAUGGCAAUGGCGAGUGCGUGUCAGGAGUGUGUCACUGUUUCCCCGGCUUCCAUGGCAUGGACUGCUCGAAAGCUGCCUGUCCGGUACUGUGCAGUGGUAAUGGGCAGUACGACAAAGGCUCGUGUAUCUGCUACAGUGGCUGGAAAGGUCCGGAGUGUGAUGUGCCAGUCAACCAGUGCAUCGACCCUCAGUGUGGUGGCCAUGGAACCUGCACAGAGGGCACAUGCAUCUGCUCACUGGGAUAUAAGGGAGAAAACUGCAUUGAAGUUGACUGUCUGGACCCGACGUGCUCCAAUAAUGGCAUCUGUGUGAGCGGUGAGUGCCACUGUAAACCAGGCUGGGGCGGAGCACACUGCGAGCUGCCCAGAGCUCAGUGCCCUGACCAGUGCCACGGCCACGGAGCCUUCAUCCCCGAGACCGGCCUCUGCAGCUGCGACCCCAGCUGGAUGGGUCCCGACUGCUCCGUAGAGGUGUGCUCGGUGGACUGCGGCACUCACGGCGUGUGUAUGGGCGGCUCGUGCCGCUGCGAGGAGGGCUGGACGGGCGAGGCGUGUGACCAGCGCGUGUGUAACCCGCUGUGUGUGAAACACGGCACCUGCAAGGACGGCAAGUGCGAGUGUCAGCAGGGCUGGAACGGAGAGCACUGCACCAUCGACUAUUGGGAUGAGACUUAUAAAGAUGGCUGUCCCAACCUGUGUAACGGUAACGGGCAGUGCACCAUGGGGCAGAACAGCUGGCACUGCGAGUGCAAGACAGGCUGGAGGGGCACCGGCUGCAACGUUGCCAUGGAGACAUCCUGCGCAGACAACAAAGACAAUGAAGGAGAUGGUCUGACUGACUGCAUGGACCCAGACUGUUGCAUCCAGAGCCCAUGUCAGAACAGCCCACUGUGCAGAGGCUCCCGGGACCCCCAGCAGGUCAUCCAGCAGAGCCAGCUGCCUGUACAGAAGGUCCGAUCCUUCUAUGAAAGGGUCAAGAUGCUGGUGGGCCGUGACAGUACACACAUCAUCCCAGCAGAAAACCCAUUCAAUGCCAGUUUGGCAUCUUUGAUCCGCGGCCAAGUGCUGACCACAGACGGAACCCCCCUGGUGGGGGUUAAUGUGUCUUUCGUCAAAUACCCUCUCUAUGGAUACACUCUCACACGGCAAGAUGGAACCUUCGACCUCAUCGCUAAUGGAGGAGCUUCUCUCACACUUCAUUUCGAGCGGGCUCCGUUUCUGAGCCAGGAGCGCACGGUGUGGCUGCCAUGGAAUAGCUUCUAUGCCAUGGACACUCUGAUGCUGAAGACGGAGGAGAACACCAUUCCUGGCUGUGAUCUGAGCGGUUUCGUCCGUCCUGAUCCGGUGGUGGUAGCUUCACCGUUAUCUUCCUUCUUCAGCUCCAGACCUGGAGAACGGUCCAUCAUCCCAGAGACUCAGAUUCUUCACGAGCAGAUCGAGAUUCCAGGCACCACUCUGAAAUUGUGCCACCUGAGCUCACGGACGGCAGGAUACCGCUCCUUGCUGAAGAUCACCAUGACCCAGGCGGUAGUUCCCCUCAGCCUGGUGAAGGUUCAUCUGAUGGUGGCUGUGGAGGGUCAUCUGUUCCAGAAGUGGUUCCACGCCUCACCCAACCUGGCCUAUACGUUCAUCUGGGACAAGACUGAUGCUUAUGGCCAGCGGGUCUAUGGGCUGUCCGAGGCAGUGGUCUCUGUGGGUUACGAGUACGAGACGUGUCCUAGCCUGGUGCUGUGGGAGAAGAGGACAGCAGUGCUGCAAGGAUAUGAACUAGAGCCUUCUAACCUUGGCGGAUGGUCUCUGGACAAGCAUCACAUUCUAAACCUUCGCAGUGGCAUCCUCCAUAAAGGCAGCGGGGAGAACGUGUUUGUAUCCCAGCAGCCCCCAGUCAUCACAAGCAUUAUGGGUAAUGGACGUCGGCGGAGCAUCUCCUGCCCGAGCUGUAACGGGCUGGCAGAUGGGAAUAAGCUGUUGGCACCAGUGGCGCUAGCAGCGGGCAUUGAUGGCAGCCUCUACGUUGGUGACCUGAAUUUCGUUCGCAGGGUGUAUCCAUCCCUCAACACCACUCGCGUGCUGGAGCUCAGAAAUAAGGACUUUCGGCACAGCAACAAUCCAACACAUAAAUACUUCCUGGCAGUGGAUCCUUUGACUGGAGCUCUAUUCAUUUCGGACACAAACUCCCGGAGGAUCUACCGCGUGCGCUCUCUCACUGGAGGCCGGCUGCUGGCGGAAAAUGCGGAGGUGGUGGCGGGCACGGGAGAGCAGUGUCUGCCCUUUGAUGAGCGCUGUGGGGACGGAGGGAAAGCUGUGGAGGCCACGCUUAUGAGCCCAAAAGGUAUUGCAGUGGACAAAAAUGGGCUGAUGUACUUUGUGGAUGCCACCAUGAUCAGGAAAGUGGACCAGAAUGGCAUCAUCUCCACAAUGCUGGGGGCUAAUGACCUCACUGCAGUACGGCCGCUCAGCUGUGACACCAGCAUGGAUGUCAGCCAGGUGCGUUUGGAAUGGCCUACUGACCUGGCUGUGAACCCAAUGGACAACUCACUGUAUGUGCUGGAGAACAAUGUCAUCCUCCGUAUCACUGAGAACCACCAGGUGAGCAUUGUAGCAGGGCGGCCCAUGCACUGCCAGGUGCCUGGUAUCGACUACUCCCUCAGCAAGCUGGCCAUCCACUCAGCCCUGGAGAGUGCCACAGCCAUCGCCAUCUCGCACACCGGGGUCCUGUACAUCUCAGAGACGGACGAGAAGAAGAUCAACCGCGUGCGGCAGGUCAGCGCCAACGGAGAGAUCUCGCUGCUGGCCGGCGCCGCCUCCGAGUGCGACUGCAAGAACGACGUCAACUGCAACUGCUUCGCUGGUGAUGAGGGCUACGCCACGGACGCCAGCCUCAACUCACCCACCUCACUGGCUGUAUCACCCGAUGGUACGCUGUUCAUCGCCGACCUCAACAACAUCCGCAUCCGCGCUGUACGCAGCAACCGCCCAGCCAUGAACGCCGUCGGACGCUUUGAGGUGGCGUCACCACGAGAGCAGGAACUGUACAUAUUCAGCGAGGAGGGAUUACACCUGCAGACUCUCAGUCUGGUCAGCGGGAUGCCCCUGUACAACUUCACCUAUGGGCCUGAUGGAGAGCUGGCCGUGGCCGUGGACAAUUGCAACAACACUAUGAGGGUGAGGAGGGAGGGUGUGGGGCAGGGUGGAGCUGGCCUGCUCAGGCUCCUACUGCUACCCGAGAACCAGGUGGUCACUUUGGGUCUGGACCCAUCAGGUGGUCUGCGAUCAGUCUCUGCUCUCAACAGGGAGAUCAUGCAGCUCAGCUACAGCGGAGGAACCGGACUGCUGGCCAGUAAAGCAGAUGAGACAGGCUGGACAACGUUUUACGAGUAUGACAGCGAGGGGAGACUCACCAACGUGACUUAUCCCACUGGGAUGGUGACCAGCCUGCACAGAGAGAUCGAGAAAUCCAUCAACAUUGAUAUCGAGAGCUCCAACAGAGAUGAUGAUGUCACUGUCAUCACCAACCUUUCAUCAGUGGAGGCCUCCUAUACCGUGGUGCAAGACCAAGUACGGAACAGCUACCAGCUCUGCAACAAUGGCACUCUGAGAGUGAUGUAUGCCAAUGGAAUGGGUAUCAGCUACCACACCGAGCCUCACAUUCUGGCUGGAUCGGUAAGCCCCACCAUCGGCCGCAGAAACAUCACCCUGCCCACCGACAACGGCCUUAACUCCAUAGAGUGGCGACUACGCAAGGAACUGACCAAGGGAAGGGUAACUGUGUUUGGAAGGAAACUGAGGGCCCACGGACGCAACCUGCUUUCCAUCGACUUCGACAGGAACACGCGGACAGAGAAGAUCUAUGACGAUCACAGGAAGUUCACCCUUAGGAUCACGUACGAUGCCCAGGGCAGGCCUGCCAUCUGGCAGCCCAGUAGCAGCCUGGCCGUGGUCAACGUAUCCUACUCCACUACAGGUCAGCUGGUGGGCUUGCACAGAGGAAGCAUGAGCGAGAGGACCGAGUUUGACCCGCAGGGCCGCAUCCUUUCCCGCUCUUUUGUGGACGGCAAAGUGUGGAGCUACAGCUACCUAGAUAAGUCCAUGGUGCUGCUCCUGCAGAGUCAGCGGCAGUACAUCUUUGAGUUUGAUUCGUCUGAUCGCAUCACUGCGGUCACAAUGCCCAGCGUGGCCCGGCACACCAUGUUCACUCACGUCUCAAUCGGCUACAUCCGAAACACCUACAACCCCCCUGAAAGCAACGCCUCCAUCAUCUACGACUUCAGUGAGGAUGGCCGUCCUCAGGCCACCUACUUCCUAGGUACAGGGCGCCGUGUCCUCUACAAGUACGGCAAGCUUGCCAAGCUAUCCGAGAUAUUGUACGACAGCACAGCUGUCACUUUUGGCUAUGAUGAGACCGCUGGUGUGCUGAAGAUGGUCAAUCUACAAAGUGGAGGCUUCUCUUGUACGAUAAGGUACCGUAAGAUGGGACCCCUAGUGGACAAACAGAUCUAUCGCUUCUCUGAGGAAGGAAUGGUGAACGCUCGAUUUGACUACACCUACCACGAUAACAGUUUCCGUAUAGCCAGCAUGAAGCCGGUGAUAAGCGAGACACCAUUACCUGUGGAUCUGUACCGCUAUGAUGAAAUCUCUGGGAAGGUGGAACACUUUGGGAAGUUCGGGGUCAUCUACUACGACAUCAAUCAGAUCAUCACCACAGCGGUGAUGACGCUCAGCAAGCAUUUCGAUGCUCACGGCCGCAUCAAGGAGGUGCAGUACGAGAUCUUCCGCUCGCUCAUGUACUGGAUGACGGUGCAGUAUGAUAACAUGGGUCGUGUGAUCAAGCGGGAGCUGAAGAUCGGGCCGUAUGCCAACACCACACAGUACCGCUAUGAAUAUGAUGGUGAUGGGCAGCUCAGUGGUGUCAAAGUGAAUGAUUGGUCCACAUGGCGCUACAGCUACGACCUCAACGGUAACCUGCACCUGUUGAACCCUGGCAACAGUGCCCGACUCAUGCCGCUACGCUACGACCUGCGUGACCGCAUCACGCGGCUGGGCGAUGUGCAGUAUCGCCUGGAUGAAGAUGGUUUCCUCAGCCAGAGAGGUUCAGAUAUCUUCGAGUACAACUCCAAAGGCCAGCUGGUGCGGGCGUACAGCAGAGCCGCCGGAGGCUGGAGCGUGCAGUAUCGCUACGACGGCCUGGGCCGGAGGGUCUCCACCAAGAACAGCCUGGGCCAGCACCUGCAGUUCUUCUACGCUGACCUGAACAACCCAGCGCGGGUCACGCACGUGUUCAACCACUCCAGCUCAGAGAUCACCUCACUAUACUACGACCUGCAGGGCCAUCUGUUCGCCAUGGAGGUGAGCAGUGGGGAGGAGUAUUACAUUGCCUCGGACAACACGGGCACUCCGCUGGCCGUCUUCAGCAGCAACGGGCAGAUGAUCAAGCAGGUGCAGUACACAGCAUACGGCGAAGUGUACCACGAUUCCAACCCUGAGUUCCAGCUGGUUGUCGGCUUCCACGGCGGGCUGUACGAUGCGCUGACCAAGCUAGUGCACUUCACACAGAGAGACUAUGAUGUAUUAGCUGCCAGGUGGACAUCGCCAGACUAUACAAUGUGGCAGAAGAUCGGCAAAGACCUUGCGCCAUUUAACUUGUACAUGUUCAAGAACAAUAAUCCUCUGAGCGAUAUGCUGGACGUCAAGAAUUAUGUAACAGAUGUAAAGAGUUGGCUGGUAAUGUUUGGCUUCCAGCUAAGCAACAUCAUUCCCGGUUUCCCCAAACACACACUGUACUUUGUGGAUCCACCGUAUGAGCUACUAGCUAUCCAGGAGUGUGAGAAUGGCCAGCUGAUGACUGGAGUUCAGCAGGAGGCUGAAAGGCACAAUCAGGCCUUCAUGGCUCUGGAAGGCCAGCUUCUCAACAAGGAACGACGGGCCAGGCGAGAUAAACCAGGUCACUGGUUCGGCACCAACACUCCCAUCAUUGGCCGUGGAGUGAUGUUUGCCGUGAAAGAGGGUCGUGUGGUAACAGGCGUCUCCAGCAUGGCGAGCGAUGACAGCAGAAAGGUGGCACUGGUGCUCAACGGUGCCACCUAUCUGGAGGGCACGCACUACAUCCAGGACGGCCGUGACUGCCACUUCUUUGUGAAGAUCGGCUCCUCUGACGCCGACCUGCUGGCAUUAGGCCUCACCAAUGGACGCAAGGCCCUGGACAACAGCAUCAACGUGACGGUGAGUGGCCGAUCAAGACGAGGCGUCACUGUGGAGUUCCGGGCGCCAGCACUGUCUUUGAGUAUCCGCUACGGGCUGGCGGCAGACGUGCUGGACGAGGAGCGCGGCCGCCUGCUGGAGCUGGCCAGGCAACGGGCGCUGGCAGGGGCGUGGCUACGAGAGCAGCAGAGUACGCGAGACGGGAAAGAAGGUAGUCGCCUGUGGACUGAGGGCGAGAAGCAGCAGCUGCUCUCCACAGGGAAAGUACAGGGCUACGAUGGGUACUAUGUGCUACCCGUGGAGCAAUACCCCGAACUGGCGGACAGCAGCACCAACAUCCAGUUUCUGAGACAGAAUGAAAUGGGGAAGAGGUAACAGAACAAUGGUCCCUGACUUUUUCCCCAUUUUUCUCUGACUUUUCUUGCUUUCUCUCUUUCUCUUCCUCUCUCUUUCUCUUCUACCGCUGUUCUUCUCUGUCCUCUAUCUCCUUUACCCAUGGAGAAUAAAUGAACUUCUGGGGUAACUCUCUGAAAGCUGCAGGGACUUUUAAAAAGAACAUUAAUAAUACUGCCACUGGCAAAAAAUAACACUUUCAAAGAACUGUUCUUUGUUUUUGAACAACAGACUUGAAAAAGCACUGAUAAACUGCAAACAGAACAGAACUGCUGUUGCUAAUAUCUGAAAAAUCCCCUUUUUAAAAAAGAAUAGCUAUUUUUCACCCAUAUUUUUUGGGUUCUGAGAGGACGUUGGUGCCACAUGGUACCUCAUGUUCCCGUGUGAUCCAGAUGGAAGAGGAGAGAGAGGAGAGCUUUCUCAAACUGUUACAGAGGCCCAGUCGAAACAUCAGAACUGAACAACAACAUCCGCAAGGUGGAAGAAUAUCAGUCUCAGGCCUCACCUUCUCAGCAACAGCACUGUCCACACACGUGGACACGAGUCCCAUCCACCACACACUGCUGUAAUAAGGACCUUGAAGAAACAGGACUCCCACAAAGGAAAGCAUUUUUAAAAAAAACUACAAAAAUUAUGGCUAUAUUUGCGUAAAAUCAGUGUCGAACAUAGUUUUGUUUUAUCACUGGAAGACUAGACUAUUAUCUCUGUUGUGUCAGAUUACACUGAAGUUCAGGGUGGGCUUAGAUGCGAUAGUUUUGUAUGUCUCAGUUGAAGUAGAAUUGUGAGACUCUCACCAGGGCACUUCUGUACAGAUACAUUGGGAAAAAAGGAAACAAUAACUCAUACUAUCAAGAUUAAAGGUUACUAGUAUCAGAAACUAUUUAUUUUUAUUUUAUGCUUGUUAUUUUUUAAUUUAUUUAUUGUUAUUAUUAUUAGUAGUACUCUAUGACAAUCAUGAAGGAGUCACCAUUCUUAGCUAAGAGAACACUGGUGGAGUAUUUUCUUUUUGUAAAAUAUGUAAGAAAUGUUCAUUAAGUUUUUAUAUUAAUUUUGAUUUGCUUAAGCAAAUUAUAGUCAUAGACAAAAAUAAUUUAUGUAAAGUGUUUUAAAAUGGUUUAUACUUUAAAUAAAGUUUAAAACUGUGAAACUUGUUUUUUUCGAAAUAUAUCUGUAUGUACAGUGUAUAGAUUUACCUUUAUGCAGCACAGUAGAAUAUUGUUCAUAAUAUCAAGUUUUAUAUUUCUAACAAAAGGUGGCUUGUAAUGUGCAAACCUAUAGCUGGUAUAACGACACUAGGAUUUUGUGACACUCAAAUAUCCCAGAUAAACGAUAUCGAUCCCCAGUUUGAUGUUUCGUUUGUUUAGUUUUGUUUUUAUGCAGAAAAAUUGCUGUACUAGAACCCAAAACCGUAGAAAUGAAUUCUAUCCACUGUGAAGAACUCAUUAUGGAUGUCAUUAUGUACCAAAUCAGUAUUGAGGGAUUCUUACACUUAAGCAAGACUCUUCUGAGACCUUAUCAAUAAAAAGUUUACUUCAUGUGA